AUGCGCGACUUGCACUCUUUCUGCUCCAAGUGCGGCGAGGAUGGCGACAUUGACGCUGUGGGCGGCACGGCGCAGUUCAAUCACCCACACGGCGUCGCCAUCAGCCCAGACGGUAGCGCUCUGUUUGUGGCAGACUUCGGCAACGACAAGAUCCGGCGGGUGGAGGUGGCGAUUGGAGCGGUGACCACGCUCGCGGGCAGUGGUUGGGGUGGCGACGCUGACGGCGUGGGCGUCGCGGCGCAGUUCUACUACCCCCACGGCGUCGCCAUCAGCUCCGACGGCGGCGCGUUGUUUGUUUCGGACAUGGACAACCACAAGAUCCGGCGGGUGGAGGUGGCGACUGGCGCGGUGACCACCGGGCAGUGGCACUGA